CCCUCGCGGGCAGAUCCGAGCUUGCCUUGGGAGGGGAGGUUCUCCUGCCUCGACGGCUCUGCUGAGACCAUGUCUAGCAAUGGGACAGAUGUUCCUGCUGAAGCCCAGGCUGCUGUGGAAGAACCUGUCCCACAGCCCAGCGUGGUGGACCGCGUGGCCAGCCUGCCUCUCAUCAGCUCCACAUGUGGGAUGGUGAGUGCCGCGUACACCUCCACCAAGGAGAGCUACCCCCAUGUGAAGAGCCUGUGCGACGUGGCCGAGAAAGGUGUCAAGACCCUCACUGCGGCCGCAGUCAGCGGGGCACAGCCCAUCUUGUCCAAGCUGGAGCCCCAGAUUGCAUCGGCCAGCGAGUAUGCGCACCGAGGGCUAGACAGAUUGCAGGAAAGUCUGCCCAUCCUCCAGCAGCCAACUGAGAAGGUUCUGGCAGACACUAAGGAACUGGUGUCAUCAACAGUAUCUGGGGCCAAAGAAAUGGUAUCUAACUCAGUGACCAGUGCAAAGGACACAGUGGCCACCCGGGUGACCGGAGCAGUGGAUGUGACCCGGGGGGCUGUGCAAAGCAGCAUGGACAUGACCAAGUCCGCGGUGACCAGUGGUGUCCAGUCGGUCAUGGGCUCCCGAGUGGGGCAGAUGGUGAUUAGCGGAGUGGACACGAUGCUGGUAAAAUCCGAGGCCUGGGUGGACAACCGCCUGCCCCUGACGGAUGCAGAGCUGGCCCUGAUCGCCACUUCCCCGGAGGGCUCGGACAUGGCCUCCCUGCAGCAGCAGAGACAGGAGCAGAGCUACUUCGUGCGGCUGGGCUCGCUGUCGGAGCGACUGCGCAACCACGCCUAUGAGCACUCCCUGGGCAAGCUGCGCAAUGCCAGGCAGAGUGCGCACGAGGCGCUGCAGCAGCUCACGCAUGCACUCAGCCUGAUGGAAUCGGUGAAACAAGGUGUGGACCAGAGGCUGGGGGAGGGGCAGGAGAAGCUGCACCAGAUGUGGCUCAGCUGGAACCAGAAGACCCCCCAAGAUGCAGAAAAGGACCCAGCUAAGCCAGAGCAAGUGGAGGUCCAGGCGCUCGGCAUGUUCAGGGACAUCACCCAGCAGCUGCAGAGCACGUGUGCAGCCCUGGGGGCCAGUAUCCAGGGCCUGCCUGGCCAUGUCAGGGAGCAGGCCCAGCAGGCCCGAAGCCAGGUGGAUGACCUUCAGGCUACCUUCUCCAACAUCCAGUCCUUCCAGGACCUCACCACCAGCGUUCUGGCCCAGACCCGUGAGCGCAUAGCCAGAGCCCGAGAGGCCCUUGACCACACUGUGGAGUACGUGGCUCAGAAUGCACCUGUCACGUGGCUGGUGGGCCCCUUCGCUCCUGGAAUCACUGAGAAAGCCCCAGAAGAGAAGUAGUGAGGAGAAGAGGGGUCGGGGCAGCAAGCUGAAUCAGGUUCCCCAACAGUCCUAUGCACACCAGCUCCUCACCUACCCUAAGUCUGAAGAAGUGUUUACCCUUUUCACAUCAGUCUUUUAAAGCAAAAAUAUUUUUUUCUAGAAUAUUCAAGGAAUAAAAUUUC